CGCAGUAACGGCGGAGCGGUUGCUCGGAUCAGGGCGGCGGAGGAGAAAGACAAACGCAGCGAACAAAAACACACACAAUGGCGACGGCGGCGACCACGGCUAGCGGGCCGACCACCGGCCCCGUCGGCGGCGGCGGAACCGCGGUGGGGCGCAAGAAAGACGGCGGCCCGUCCGCCAAAUUCUGGGAGUGUUCCGAGACCAUAUCCCAACUGGAGACGGUGCGUCUGUGGAUCGGCAAGCACUACAAGAAGUACGUCCAGAAUGACUCGCCCUCCAGCAAGUCUCUGGCUGGCCUGGUGGUGCAGCUGCUUCAGUUUCAGGAGGAUUCGUUUGGACGCAAAGUCAACAAUCCCGCUCUCACCAAGCUGCCGGCCAAGUGCUUCCUGGACAUGAAAGCGGGAGGUGCUCUCUGCCACAUCCUGGGCUCCGUCUACAAGUUCAAGAGCGAGCAGGGAUGGCGACGCUUUGACCUUCAGAACCCUUCCCGUAUGGACAGGAAUGUGGAGAUGUUCUUGAAUGUUGAGAAAAACUUGGUGCAGAACAACUGCCUGACCCGACCCACCGUCUACUUAUCUCCUGAUAUGGAAGCCAAGCAAGCCAGUAAGCUCAAAGAUGCCAUUAAGAGGCACCAGGGUUCCAUAACUGAGGACAAGUCUAAGGCUACACACCUAAUUUUCCCAUCUCCGUCGCAGCAAGAUGAAGAAGAAUGGCUGCGUCCCGUCAUGAGGAAAGAUAAGCAGGUUCUGGUCCACUGGGGACUCUAUCCAGACAGCUACGACACCUGGAUGGCAGCCGGCGAAGUGGACGGCGACGUGGAGGAGCCACCUAGUGCCGACCGACCGUGGAAGGUCCAUGCCAGGUGGGUCCUGGACAUGGACGCAUUCAACGAGUGGAUGAAUGAGGAAGACUACGAGGUGGACGACAACAAGAAGCCCGUCACCUUCCGCCAGAAGAUCUUCCUGAAGGAGGAGGAGUCGUCUUCCCGUACGCCCGAUCGCAAGGAGCGCAAGGCCAAUUCGGCCAGCAAGAAGAGGAGGCGCUCGCCCUCGCCGCCCAGCACCCCCGCCGAGUCCCGGAAGAAAGGUGGAAAGAAGAGCCAGGGACAUUACUGGAAGCGUCGAGGACACCGCGGCGAAGAGGAUGACACGGAGGAUGACGUCACCAAGGACCUGGACGACUCGUCUACUGGUGCGAGCAUCGAGGAGGGAAGCAUUUCUAAGAAUGCCCAUUCAAAGAAAGAUGCCGAGAGCACGCCUCUUAAAGGGGACAACGGUGCAGACAUUGAUGACAUGGAGGAUGACUCUGUGCUGUCCGGCGGGAAGGACGACGAGGACCAGAACAAAGCAGACAUGAGCCGCCUGAUGGAUGCCGGUGAGGACAACGUGACGGAGCAGACGCAUCACAUCAUCAUCCCCAGCUACAGUGCCUGGUUCGACUACAACUGCAUCCACGAGAUAGAGAGGAGAGCCCUGCCAGAGUUCUUCAAUGGGAAGAACAAGUCCAAAACUCCAGAAAUAUACCUGGCUUACCGCAACUUCAUGAUCGACACUUACCGCCUCAACCCCCAAGAGUACCUCACCUCCACCUCUUGCCGCAGGAACCUGACGGGCGACGUGUGUGCCAUUAUGAGGGCUCAUGCUUUCUUGGAGCAGUGGGGCUUGGUGAACUACCAGGUGGACUCAGACAGUAGACCUUUGCCCAUGGGACCCCCACCCACCCCCCACUUCACCGUCCUGGCCGACACACCCUCUGGCCUCAUGCCCCUUAACCACAGACCUCCACCGAUUCCACCGCCGCAGCAGAUGGCCAACUUCUCUGACAAGAUGAAAGAUAAAGCCAUUGACCUCCAGAACUUUGGCCUCCGCACCGACCAGUACAAGAGGAACUCAAAGGGUAAAUCAGUGGCGUCCUCUCGGGAGUGGACCGAGCAGGAAACUUUGCUCCUGCUAGAGGCUCUGGAGAUGUACAAAGAUGACUGGAACAAAGUGUCGGAGCAUGUGGGUUCACGCACACAAGAUGAGUGCAUCUUGCACUUCCUGCGCCUACCCAUCGAGGACCCCUACUUAGAGAGUUCGGAGUCGUCGCUGGGCCCGCUGGCCUAUCAGCCCAUUCCCUUCAGCCAGUCCGGAAACCCCGUCAUGAGCACCGUCGCCUUCCUGGCCUCCGUGGUGGACCCGAGGGUGGCAUCCGCUGCCGCCAGGGCCGCGCUCGAGGAGUUUUCCCGCGUGCGUGAGGAAGUUCCUGCCGAGCUGGUGGAGGCUCAUGUGAAGAAGGUGCAAGAGGCGGCCAGGAACACUGGCAAGGUGGACCCCGCCUUCGGACUGGAGAGCAGUGGCAUUGCUGGCACCGCCCCCGAGGAGCCAGAGAAAACAGAGGCCACAGAUGGUGACAAGACUGAGACGGACACAGACUCCCAGCAGGGGGAUAAGGCUGAGUCCAAGGACGAGACGGAGAAGACCAGCGAAUCCACCGAGAGAAACGAGAAGAUGGAGGCUCCUGAGAAGGUGAAGAAGGAGUCCGGGGAGGUGUCCGAGAGAGAGGACGAGAGCGAAGAUGGGCAUGAAGCCAAGUCCACGCCUGCUGACAAAGAUGAAGAGGAGUCCAUGGAGACGUCCUCCUCUGAACAGGAGGAGAAGGACAAGGACGAUAAAGUCAGCACAGAGGAAGGGGAGGAGAAGAGGAAAAAGCCGGAACAUGACAUGGGCGAAGGAAACAUCGCCACAGCGGCGGCCGCCGCCCUCGCCUCUGCUGCCACCAAGGCCAAGCAUCUGGCGGCGGUGGAGGAGAGGAAGAUCAAGUCACUGGUGGCUCUGCUGGUGGAGACUCAGAUGAAGAAGUUGGAGAUCAAGCUGAGGCACUUUGAGGAGCUCGAAACGAUCAUGGACCGCGAAAAGGAGGCUUUGGAGCUACAGCGUCAGCAGCUGUUGACUGAGCGUCAGGCGUUCCACAUGGAGCAGCUCAAGUACGCCGAGAUGAAGGCUCGCCAGCAGAUGGAGCAGCAGGCAGCAGCGGUAGCCGCCGCCCAGGCUCAGGGCCAGGGCCACGCCCCCGGACCCGGCCCCCACCCGGGACCACCGGGCAUGCAUCCCGGCGGCCCGCCCCCCCACCACGGAGCCCCACCGCCUCACCACGGAGGACCCCUGCCAGGUGCCGCCAUGCACCCCGGGUACCCACCGAUGGGCCACCACCCCAUGGCGCCCCACCACCCAGGUCAAACAGCAGCUCCUAUGGGCCCGGGUCAGCCCCUGCCUGGACGCAUGAUGGCCGGACCCCCCGCCGCCGGACCCCCACCUGGUGGGAUUCCUCCCAUGAUGCCCCCGCGCCACCCAGGAGCUCCCAAUGGCAUGUACCCAGGACCAGCGCCUGCACAACCUGAUGUUGUGCCCCCACUCCCUGUUGGCCCUCCAGCACCCUCUGGUGGCCGUGCAGCAGACAACUAAAACCCCGCCCCCUACACACAUGAUCCACACACACUUGCAGCCUCUUUUACUGGCCUUUGCUACUCAUCAAUACCACCACUUGACAAACAUCUUGGAAUACACACACACACACACACAUGCUCAGGGCUCUGUUCAGUGGCGAGGGCAACACAUACACUCACGUUAUAUACACUGUUUUUGCUGAGUUGGGCCUGAUGGAGGCUGUAGACAAACACUGUACAAAGUAACCACCUCCAACCUGGCGA